AUGUCCCUCCUCGACCACCCAGAGCGCGACGCCGUCUACCGUACUGCGUCCCUUAGGAGUGCGCCCUCCUGGUCGGCGCGGGCAGCCUACACAGCGCGCCUUGUCGUCCACCAUCUCACCAAGCAUGUCGGAGUUGGCAUAAUCUGCUCUGUCGCUUACUUCGAUCCAGGAAACUGGAGCGUAGACCUCCAGGCGGGGUCUCUAUUUGGCUACAGGCCGAUGCUCUUCAUCGUCCUCAUGGCCGGCCUCGGCGCGAUGGUGCUUCAAUCUCUUGCAUAUAAACUGGGCUGCGUCACAGGCCUAGACCUCGCAUCUCACUGCCGGGUGCUCCUCUACGACCGGCCACGGCACAAGUACCUGAUCCGAUAUGGCGUCCUAUACCCGCUCUACGUUCUCUCUGAAAUUGCCAUCGUGAGCACAGACAUAGCGGAACUUAUUGGGUCUGCCAUCGGCAUCAGCCUCAUAUUUCCGUCAAUUCCCCUUUGGGUCUCGGUACUUAUUACGGCUUCCGACGUGCUCGUCUUCCUUCUUAUUGGAGAUCCUUCGCGAGGCAGUGGCCGGCCCGUCAAAACUUUUGAAUAUGCCGUCAUGACCCUUGUCGCUGCGGUUUUCGUCUGUUUCCUCGUCCUACUCGUCCGAGUGGAUCCGGUGUGGUCCCAGGCGUUCAUGGGCUACAUUCCGUCCAAGGCUCUGUUCGAGACCCACCCAGAUGCACUCUACACAGCCGUCGGCAUUCUCGGAGCAACCGUCAUGCCACACGCCCUUUUUUUGGGGUCAUACCUCGCCACCCAGGACAGAAUCGGACCAGAGCUAGUGCUCCCCAACCCUCAAUCAACGCCGGAGGCCCCGGGCAUCCGCGGCAAACUAUCUGCAUGGUUCAAGUCAUUGUUCACGAUCACGCGGGCCGAGCGGCGAGCGGCAGCUAUGGAUUACCGGGACAAGUAUGGCCGAGAGAACAACGACCUCAGUUUCAUCCAGGCCCACCUCACUCAUGGCCUUGUGGAUGUGAUCGUCAGUCUGUUGGCUGUUGCCGUGCCAAUAAAUUCAGCCAUCCUCGUUAUUGCAGCCACCGUCUUCUUCAAGGACGAUGAUUCGUCCCAGAAAGCCGUCCCGGCCGGACUGUUCGACGCCCAUGAUUUGAUCAGUGCGAACAUUGGCAAGGUCGCCGCCUUCAUUUUCGCUCUGGCGCUCCUCUGCGCCGGCCAAACGGCGAGCAUCACGGCGACCCUCGCGGGCCAGCUCGUGUCGGAAGGGUUCAUCGAGUGGAGAGUGUCCCCGUUCCUCCGCCGCAUAAUCACGCGGCUCAUCGGCCUGAUCCCGUCCGUCGUCGUCGCCAUCGCCGUGGGUCGGCCGGGCAUCGACACCCUGCUCGUCGCGUCGCAGGUCGCGCUCGCGAUCGUGCUUCCCUUUGUCGCGGCGCCGCUCAUCUGGCUCACGUCGUCCAAGUCCGUGAUGUCCGUCCGCAAGCCGGCCGCGGACCCGGCGACCCCGAGUGCUUCCGCCGUGACGUCGCAGGCGGACGACGUGUCCGCGUCCGCUGCGUCCGAGCCCGACAGCGCACUGCCGAGCCCUGCGCCGCCGCCGUCACUGCCACUCAGCAUCGACGAGGUGCAGCUGACACCCGGUCCGCUGGGCGACGAUGAGAAGCACGGAGGGCGGAUGGUGGCCGUAGUCGUGGAAAAGCAGGAGCGCAGGCUGCAGGACUCGGAUUCCGAGGCGUCUUCGUUCGACGAGGAGCAGUACGUCUCCUUCGCGAAUGGCGGGAUAGUUACAUCGCUAGCGUACCUCAUCUUCCUCGUCAUCCUCGCGGCGAACAUGUACGCGAUCGUGAUGUUGGCGAUGGGCCGAACCUCGUGA